UGAAUGGUCCAGAAAUUCGGCGGCCCCUACAAUCUCAUCUUUUGGUUUUUGCUCAACAUUACUGACUAUGUGUCAAAGGGAGAGACAUCCGUUUACCUUCGCAACAAAACAAAACUAUUGAAAGAUUCUAAUAGGACCAGGCACGUUCAGCUCACGAGUUGCCUUCACGACUCAAACUGUAUCUCCUCUGCCGAAAUCCAUGAAUCUUUGUAAAGUCGCACGUGUUAAAUCUAAUAUGAUCCUUUUGCUCAUCACUUUUUUAUGGAAAUUAGUUGCUGUGCGUUUCAUGCUUUCCAUGUCCCAUCCAUCCUACAAAGCCUUUAUAAGCAACUCCCAACUGCCUUGUUACCCCAUCACAGAAUUCAGAAAAGAUCGGCGAUGGGAACCAAAAGCAACGCAGGCAGUUGGUUAAGGGGCACUACUAUUGGAGCUGGAGCGUUUGGCACAGUUAGCCUUGCCAUCAACAACUCUAAUGGCGAGCUCUUCGCAGUAAAGUCCAUGGCAGCGGGCUCUGUUUCUUGUUUACAACAUGAAUUCAACAUUCUCAAGUCUUUAAACUCUCCAUACAUUGUGCGCUGCCUGGGGAUGGAGUAUAGCAAUGAGAAUGGUGUGGAGAUGUGUAAUUUGAUGAUGGAGUACAUGCCAGGCGGCAGCCUUGGAGACCUUCUGAGUAAAUUUGGGGGACAGUUGGACGAAUCAGUGAUCAGAAGCUACACUCGUGGCAUCCUCCGUGGAUUAGAUUACCUCCACAGGCAGGGGAUUGUGCACUGUGAUAUCAAGGGAAAGAAUGUGCUUGUGGGAAGCUGUGGCGUUGUCAAGCUUGGUGACUUUGGAUCUGCCAGGAGGACAGAGGAAAAGGGGCAAAUGAGUGUUUUAAGGGGCACCCCCUUGUGGAUGGCUCCAGAAGUGGUGAAUCAGGUAGAGCAGGGGCCACCUUCAGAUAUUUGGUCUUUGGGCUGCACUGUGGUGGAAAUGGCCACUGGGAGAUCGCCUUGGACCAACGCUUCGAAUCCCCUUGCAGCCCUGUACCUAAUCGGUUGCUCAGACGAAUUGCCAGAGUUGCCCGCCUGUCUUUCGCCUCAAGGUCGGGAUUUCCUAGACAAGUGCUUCCGUAGAGAUCCGAAACAGAGGUGGACCGCUGCACAGCUGUUGGAACAUCCUUUUCUCUCUCAGAUCGAUUGCUGCUCUGUGACAGAAGCGAAAAGGGCUCCUCUGUCUCCCACCAGUACUUUGAAUUUUGGGAGUCCUGAUUGGGAUUCUGCCUCUUCUUCUAGUGUACCAAUUUUGUCUCUGGCCAUUGCGAGGCUUAUUGCCAAAGCUGAAGCAGAGGAGGAAAAGGAAUCCGUUAAGAGGCCUUCAUUUUCAGCCAAGAACAGAUUGGCGGCAUUGGCCGCUUGCGGUGAGCGGCCUGAUUGGUGUGCAAGCCCACAAAGUGAGCAGUGGAUUACAGUGAGAUCCAGCUCCCCUUUGUCAAAAACUGGAAAUAUCUCCGUCGAAGCAGUGUGCAAUUACAGUUUACAAAACAGGAAUCAGGAAAUGGAGAGCUGUGUAACAUCAGCCAUGGAGGACUCGGAAGCGGGGGUUGAUCACCGCAAAUGUGAGAAGGCUUUUAAGGCAAUAACAGGUCUUUUGAUUGUUCACCAGGCUCAUGAAUUGUAUAGAAAUUCCUCUGAGCACGCUGCUCGCCAUCACGGCUACAAUAAAUUUCAUACAAGAGAGAAUCUAUGCGCCUCUGGUACUAAUGGUUGCCGUACCUGUUGUUUUCUGUUUGUCAGUAAACACUGCUCCCAAAAGUCUGUUAGUUGGCAAUUGGGCAUCAGCUUUACUACUGACGCCCCUCUGAUUUUUUUUAUUUCACAAUUAAUAUUAAUUCAUAUGAUUUGGCUACACGGCUCCAUUCAAGGCAUUGGCGACAAUGGAUGGCCUAUUAAAAAGGUUCAUUUGGGAGGGAUCGAAGGAAGAAAAAAAGAUUUCGUUGAUCAACUGGGAAACAGUUUGCAUGCACAAAUCGGAAGGUGGAGUGGGUUUGAGAAAGAUGAACUUGCAAAAUUUGGCUCUGGGAGCAAAGUUGGCUUGGAAGAUGUACAAUAG